AUGCUAUGUGAAGUUACGUCAUGUAACGUAGAGCGAACGUCAAGUGAUGCAAUGGUAAGCGACGCGACGCUAAGACAAACGAUGCUAAGUGAUGAGAUGCAAGGCGACGCGAAGCUUAGCGUAACGAUGCCAAAGGGUGAGACGCAACGCGAUACGAUGCUAUGGCAAGCGAUGCGAUGCAAAGCGAAACGGCGCCAAGUGAUGCCUUAUGCGACGCAACGCCAAACGAAGCGCCUCCAUGAGACGCGUCGGGAGGUGACGCGACGCAACACUUUGCGAUAUUUUCUUAUUUUAAUAAAAAAACAAUUUCACAUUAAUAAGAACAAAUUUAUCCUCAUUAAAUAG